GUAAAAAGUAAAGAGCGAAGAACGAGGUUCAUCGCGGUCCGAUUCGUGUGUGUCUUCUUCUACCCUUCUCCGGUGUGUGAUCCUAGAGUUCAUAGUUCGCUGCAAACGUUCCGUGCCAGUACCACCAGCUAGCAAUCAGAUAUCGGUUGUUUGAAUCCUGUUUCGAAGAUAACGUCGAUUCACCGGAACCUGAGCAGCAGCAGCAGCAGUCUCUAUCGGAAGCGAUAACCGACCGUCCCGACCGAUUGGGGCAGUUGCGUACGAUUCGCUCACCACGACGGUUGCGCGACUUCAUAGAGAGUAAGAGAGCUGAGUUUCCUGUGCCUCCUGAUAAGUGUCCACUGCGCCUGUGUGUGUGGUUGUGUAGAAGUGAAAACAUAGACCCUCGCGGGUGGAAUGUCUUCGAAGAGCAACGGAGCAACUGCCGCGGCGGCGGCCAAUGGUGUAGCAUCGCCCCCCAAGUAUGAGGCCCGGCUCUGCCACGUGGUGAAGCGGGCCGACUUCGACGGGUACGGGUUCAACCUGCACGCCGAAAAGGGGCGCCCGGGCCAGUACAUCGGUAAGGUGGACGACGGGUCGCCGGCCGAGGCGGCCGGUCUGCGCCAGGGCGACCGGAUCAUCGAGGUGAACAGCCACAACAUCACGACCGAAACUCACAAGAAGGUCGUCGAAUUGAUCAAAGCGGUCCCGAACGAGACGAAGCUGCUGGUCAUCGACCCGCGGGCCGACGCGAACGACAUCAAGACGGCCCUGGCCCGGGCGGCGACGGCACCCACCACCGGAAAUGCACCGGCCAUCACCAACAACAACAACAACAACACAGCGGCCACGGCGAACGGCACCAGCAACGGACAUCACGAGAACGGUCAUCACGUGGUGGCGAAGGAGAACGGCAGCCAGAAGAAAGCAAUGGCCGCGGCCGGGGACACCAAGGUGGAGGUAGAGGAAAAGACCGGCAAAAGCAAUGGCGUCACCAAUAACAACAACAACAACAACCACCACCACCAUCAGCACAACAACAACAACGGAAGUGUGACGAAUUCGGCGACGAUGGACAAGAUUAUCGACGACACGAAAAAGAGCCUCACCGUGACCGACGGAGCCGCCGUGGGGAAGAUGGCCCUCAAUGGGCAGCCGGUUGCGGCGCCAGUCCCAGCAGCACCGGUGACUGCCGCCGCCGCCGCCACCGCCGUGCCCGCCACCGAGGGCAAGAAACUGAACCUGUCGAUGACGGCCGCCGAAAUGAGGGCCCAGCUGGCGGCUCGCAAGAAGUACGAUCCGAAGAACGAGGUGUGCGAUCUGCGCAAAAAGUACGAAAUCAUACAGAAGAUGUAAGAGAUGAGACGUAGUCCCGAUAGAGUCCCCUUGUUCCCCCCGUCUAAAUUCCUGCGCCAUUGCCAUUCGCGGCCUAACCGAUUUGCCAGAGCACGCCAUCCGGAAGCGUGUUUGCGUCGUCGUCGUGUCUAUCGGGAAGAAUUCUUUUACUGCAGGCAGGGCAGAGAGCGUCCUCUCUGUUUUGAAGUUGAAGACCGAAGCUAAGUAGAUAGUGAAAGUAGUGCAAGAUAAGGCUCAGGCGGCCGGAAAUCGUGGCACCCCAGGAGACAGCGUUCUGCUGUCUCCUGAUGGGACUAAAGAUCUUAAAUCUAAGCCUCCCCCGGGGAAGAGUGCGCUUUAAUUGUUGCCACGUCAUACGAAGGCGGUUGACAAAACACUUGGUCCACAAACACCUCACAAACAAGUUCAACAAAUGAGACCUACGAAAAAUCCCUCUGCCCGGCACCACCUUUCGGAGGUGGCCUCCAGUGACGGACAAUAAAAUGGAAACCCUUUUGGCCGUACGCGCACCCAUGCUCUAGGGGUCGCGACUAAUCGAAGGACGGUGUGUGUUUCAGGGUUUCACCACUUUGAAGCUCUUAUCUUCUGUGAGGCAAGAGGCCCCCGUCUAAUUCUGAGCGACCGUCACCACCAUUAGACGCGUGAUUUACUGGUAAACUCAACACCUCCAAUUGACACCUUGUUUCCACAAUCAAUGCCACAAGGGCCAAGUGCGUAUCCUCCUGAUCGUCGUCAUCACCAUCGCCGUGAUUAGGGCAGCGCCACCUUUCUGCUCCAUCUUUACUGCACGGUCGAAACGACUCCGAAUCGGCCGCUUAUCUUGAGGGAGGUCGCGCGCUCGCCAUACAGGUUCUCGAUAAAACACCAAUAUGGUCGGAGGGGGGUAGGCCGUGUCAUCCAUUAGCAGCACCGGUAUGAUCGGUAUGCGAUUUGAUCGAUAGUGUGGUGAAAUCGACCAUCGGUUGGAAACAUUGAUGUAAAAAAGAUCAUCCAUACCGUCUCUAUGUCCACCUUAUCUGCCGUAGGGACUCUAUUGCUUACGUUGAUAUACAAAAUUUCGCAACCAUCCGGUUAAGAAGGAGCUCUGUCCGUCUGCAUUGCAUCAUCUUGAAUGCAAAAGUUUAGGAUGGUCAGCCACCACACUAUCACACUAGCAGUAGUUUGUACAGAGCACAGUUUGAUAACAGCAUUAGCAUCGAAUGCGCCGGACGGCCGGAAAGCAAAGUACACGAGGGUCGAGUUAGUAGACACCGCUGUUAGUUGGCAACACUAGUUGGAAUAGUGGAACCCUAAAAAGACAGCAAAACCGAAGCAAGACACGUGUGCGCAGGAGAGGACGAACGAUAAUUAUGUCUGUGUGUGCCAACAUUAUAAUAUUCCGUUUACUGACGUGACUCCUCGCCCCAAAAAAAACAUUCAAAAUUCGCGUUCUGCGCGCCUUUCGUCUCGUUACAGCGUUGAGGUGAGAAUGAUUAUUCGUAUUUUUAUCACUAGUUGGUAGUAUCAUUAUUGCUAUUAAAACUAUCUAUUAUCUACUAGACGGUAGUGCGUCACGCCGGCGCGGGCUGUCUGCCAGAGAGAGAGAGAGACAGUAGUGUGCGGCACAUGCCAUGGGGCGGGCAAGGCUGGUUUUGGGGUAUCAGUUCGAUGGAGAAAUUCGGUUCCCAUCUGUAGACGAAAACUAUCAACGCGUAUCACAUAUACCCACACGAGACGCACGCUCUAGAGAGUGAGUUUAGGAGCGAAGAUCAGCUGGAAGACGGUUAGGAGACGAUGGGACGAUGAAAUGAUAUGGAGUAAGUGAAGAAAGCGUGAUGUGCGUGAGGACGACAUUUGCACCCGAAGCAAAACUGUAAUAAGUAGAAUAAAAUAUUUAUAAUGUAAG